GAAAGGACGUCCCAUUGCUCUUAAAACAAAUGUCCUGACUUCCUCUCUCUUCUACUGGUUUCCUUAGGUUCAUCCAAGCCCCCAGGAAUUGCGCCGGACUCUGAGGAAAAUAUUCGUUGUGUCCAAACUCCAAUAACACCCAGCUGCAGCCGCAGCAAGACGGUGGAGGUUGAACCUGCAGGAAGUUGAAGGAAGUGAAACUUCCAAAUGGUCAGAAGAGAGCGCGCCCAAAACGCUGACGCAAGGAUAUUUAAAGAGACAUGGAAGUUUAAAGAGAACGCAGAAAAAGACAAUAUGGAGCACCGAGUACAGACAAACAGCACAACAUUCCCAGAUGGAGCAUGCCCAGAGCUAAAAAAACUAGACUUGGACACUUUCAAGUGUCCAUUUUGUCACAGGACCGGGUCAUACCCUGGCUUGGUGGCUCAUUUGCAGAGCCACCAGAGGUCGCUUGUAAAAUAUGGAGGUUAUAAUGUCUAUAAAUGCCAUCUGGACUGUGUGGCCAGCAGCCAUUAUCACUGUGGCCUUUGCCCACGAAUCAUUGGGAGAAAGGAGAUGUUCUUUAAUCACUUUAAAAACUGCUGCACUCAACUUCCAACUACGUUGGCGUCAAUGGCUACAGCUCCAAAUAAAACAGUCACUCCGGCCACUGCUCCAAUGACAGCCACAACUAGGUCUCUGAUGAUUCCGGCAACUACAUCGACCGCUCCAGUGAUGGCCCCAGCGACCACAUCGACCGCUCAAGUGAUGGCCCCAGCGACCACAUCGACCGCUCCAGUGAUGGCCCCAGCGACCACAUCGACCACAUCGACCGCUCCAGUGAUGGCCCCAGCGACCACAUCGACCGCUCCAGUGAUGGCCCCAGCGACCACAUCGACCGCUCCAGUGAUGGCCCCAGCGACCACAUCGACCGCUCCAGUGAUGGCCCCAGCGACCACAACGACCGCUCCAAUGGAGGGUGUAAAUACCAAGCUUUGGAACAAACUCCCCUCUCUCCGGCAGAAACAGGAAAUGCUGUAA